AUGCGAGCGAAGACCAUUCUCGAGGUUAGUCUGGACUGCCGGGAGCCGGGACUGCCGACGGGAAAUCGGACGACACACGAGCGUGUACUGAUCACCGCCUAUCGGCCCCUGUACGAGAGUGACCGCAAGCGCGAUUACCUGGACGCGCAGGGCCAGAAGCUGCACACGCUCCAGGAGUACCUGGACGAUCGGGCACCGUACGUGAGCGUUGGCAUGGAUCCAACGCUCGCCAUCCCGUACGGUACGGAGGCGUGCGUGCCCGAGCUGAAUCGCCAUUUCCGGCGCCCGGUACGGUUGCGUGUGGCCGACCACCACGAGGAUCUGCGGGGUGGCGCCUACCGGCGGCUGGAGAUUUGCGUCCGCACGCAGGAGGACAGCUACGACGAUGCGGUCAAUCUGCUGCAGGCGACGCUCGUCCUCGGUGCUCCGUACUCUCCGGCUUAACGAAACAAUAAAGCAAUAACGUCGUCGCCCCUCUUAACCGGUCACCGCAAGUGAUAACCAGGAUCACUCGCACCCUCGCAC